UAAAUUUUCUUACUUUUGUUCGGUUAAAACCUUCUUUAAAAUCUUAUAAUCACGUGCAUUAUAAAUACAAACUCAAUUUGCACCAUGAUGAGCGCGAAAUUGUGUGCUUCUUGACGCGAUUUGACAGCAAACUUGCCACAGUUCGAUUUCCCAUGGUCAGUCCAGCAAAAACUAUGAUCCCUGCUCCUGCUACUCUUACUUACUCAACUGAGGCUAACGCUUCUGACCCUGGAAGCCACAAAAAUGGAGCUUCAGCUGAAGACAAUGAAAGGGAAACAACUGAAUGCCUUUCUGGUUUUAUAUUCCUCUGUAAUCAGACCACAAAGUUGCAAUGUUAUCAAUACCGUGUCUUUGGACUUCCAUGGGGCCAAAAGGGAGCGGCGGAGAAGAUAAAGCCUGGGUCAAAGCUAUUUUUGUUUGAUUUUAAGUCAAAGCUUCUGUACGGUGUAUAUGAAGCAACUUCUGAUGGAGGUCUUAACUUGGAACCUGCUGCUUUUGGAGGGAAAUUCCCUGCUCAGGUAAAAUUCAAAAUUUUCAAGGAAUGUCUUCCAAUUCCUGAGAGUUCCCUUAGGUAUGUUAUAAAGGAGAACUAUACAGGUGCAAAAUUUAAGCAAGAACUCGAUGUAAAGCAAGUGACAAAAUUGAUAUCAGCUUUUAGUCCUUUGGCUGCAUCUAUAUGCCAGCCUGCACCGCAACCUCUGGUACAGCCUGCAUCUAUAAGCCAGCCUGCACCGCAACCUUUGGCUGUAUCUAUAUGCCAGCCUGCACCGCAACCUCGACCGGGGGCAAUUCCUCCUUCACUAUUGGAAUAUCAGCAUAAGCUUACAGGGAGACUGCCUAUGAUGGAAGCUCCUUAUUUAGCUCAGGUGCAAUAUAACAACAUUCUACCGCCAGUGGAGGCUCGACCUGUUCUCAACAUCACUUAUCCGGAGCAUGGGUCCCAUAGAAGAGAAGCUAAUGUGGAAAAUGUAUAUCCAACUUUGGACCAUCAAAGUUUGCCAGCAGCCAGUAGUUAUGUUGCCUAUCCUCAACAACCGUUGUUUGCCGCAGAUGUUGCCCACCGAUUGCAGGAGCCAUCCUAUUCAGGGUACACUACUGUGGAACAGCGAGCUUCUCAUGAUGAAGUCACUAUCUCUGGGGGGCAGUAUCAUCAGUUGCCUCUACAAAGAGAAUCACCAUAUCAAGAUAAUCCGGCUUCAUACUAUCCUAACUCAACAGCUACAGAUCAGAACACUCCCUCAGUUUUGCCUUUACUAGGCAGACAAUAUCAAGAUAGCUCCACUCCAGCAGCUCCUCUCCAUUAUACAUCAGGUUAUUGGCAACAUGGCCAUGAAUCUUAUUUUCCCAUAUCGACAGAAGCAUCACUUCAAGGUAGUGUGACAGCAUACAACUCUAAUCUGGUAGCUACUGCUCAAUGCGCUUCAUCAGUCAUGACACGAGCGCCUGUUCCUUAUGAUCAGUCAUCUUUACAAGGCCCACAGUAUCAAGAGAGUGUGGCUGCACAAGGCCCACAGUAUCAAGAUAGUGUGGCUGCAUACAGCUCCAAGCCUGCAGUUCUCACACCGUAUACUACAUCCGUUGUGCAGCCACAAGUCCAGGCUACUUAUUUAUCCCUACAGAGAGAAGCAUUGUAUCAAGAUAACGUGGUUCCAUACAACUCCAAUCCAACAGUUCCAGCCCAGUAUACUUCAAUUUUGCAGCCACGAGGCUCUGCUACGAAUUUUCCCUUUCAGGGUGAAGCUUUACGUUGAUCUAAUGUAGCUUUGUACAGUUGGACAGCUAUUCAUCUUUGUCGUGGGUGGAAUUCAAAUAAUCUAACUUUAGCCUUUUAGUAGCUAUUAGGUCUGAAUCUUCUGAUUUUGCUGGAGUUCUUAUUUUCGUGCCAAUGUUGCAAGUUUUCUGCAUGGAAAAAUUUAACCAAAUGAUCCUUCCAAA